AUGUGGAAGUUCAUCCUUCUCUUAACGAUUCUGCUCCCGGUCGUGUCACCAUACCCCGAGGAUGGUGAUGAGGCUACCGAGUACGAGAAGGAUUUCGAUGGAUUUGAUCAAGAUGCCGACGGCGUGAUUGAUGCGCAGGAGAUUAGGAGUGUUUACAAUGGCGACCUUCAACCACAGGAGCUCGAUGCCUUCGUUCGCGAGGUGGAUACUAAUCAAGAUGGUUUGAGUGAGAGGAGUUACGAAUUGAUGCACGCUGAUUUUAGUUUUUAG